GUAUGUUUGCAGAAAUCUUGAUCUCUUAAAUGAAUCUUAUGGAUAUGGUUUUGCAAGCAUUUUUAGCCUCAGCUUUGUAGUGCCCCAUUUUACUGUUUUUGCAGGGGAAUUGGUGGGAUGUCUAAUGAGUGUGCAAUGUCUCAGACCAUCUGGACCUUCUCAGAGUCCAUGCUGGGCAUACAUACUGUCAGGAUAUCUGCUCCAGACAGCAGGAGUCCACUCGGCUAGACCGACGUCUCAACAUAAAACGCAGAAUCAAAGAUCCUGCCAAUCACAGAUGAAAUUAUGGACGUUUUUCAUUCGGCACCAAGGGAAUGCAGAGCGGAAAACGGGAUAGAGACAAUAAAGAAAUGGUCAGAGGCACGGAGCGGGAGGAAAAAAAGGGUGAUGUCACUGCCUCCAGACGGCAGCCAAUGGGAGGCGGGGAGAGUCAGAGAGGGUGUGUUUUCCUCGCACUGCAGCAUCAGCAGUGAAGGGAGGCCACAAUCAAUCUGACACAGAGCAGGAGACACAAGAACCUUCAGGGACAGAAGAAAACGGCAAAGGAGGACAGAAACCCGAAGCUGUUUCAGACCUGCAGAGGAGGGUGUGGACCUGACUGAUAGAAACAGCGUGAGGACUGGACCACUGCUCUUCUCUGAGUGGGGUUUUCCUGGCGAUCGUGUUUGUGCCUGCCAGCAGGUGCAAUGCCUGCCACGUCACGACAGCAGGUGGGCAGCAGGGGGCGAUGCAUCGCACUCCUGUACCCUCUGCUCUCUCUCCUCCUGCUGGCUCUGGCUUCCAGGCCUGGGGAAGCCACCAUCAGGAUCCCAUCUAAAUACAAAAUUAAAGACCUGAAAAGCCCACCAGUAAUUACUGCCCAACCAAAGUCUGUUACCACCUUUUCUGCCGAAGACAUCGCACUUACCUGUGAAGCAACUGGGAAUCCCCCACCCACGUUCCGAUGGGUAAAAGACGGUGUGGAGUUUGACCCGUCUAAGGACCCGGACCUGUCGGUGUCCAGAGAUUCAGGAACAUUUUCCCUGACAGCCAAGGAUGGACCAAUCCACCAGUAUCGGGGCACAUACAACUGUUACGCGUCAAAUGAACUCGGCACGGCUGUGUCUAAUGAGGCUCGCAUUGUCACAGCCAACACGCCCACUCAACAGAAGGUAAAGACGGUAGUUAAGAAAGUAGAGGUAGGAGAAAGUGUGGUUCUUCCCUGCUUUGCUCCAAACAGCACCGUGGCUCCAGUAAUGCACUGGAUGGACAAGAGGCUACGGCACAUUCAACAGAAUGAACGAGUGAUCCAGGGUCGUGAUGGGAACCUUUACUUCUCUCAUGUGACUAUGGAUGACAGCCGUGAAGACUACACGUGCAACACACAGUUCCCUAGCGCCCGUAUCAUCAUGCUCAAAGACCCCAUCAAACUGACUGUUGCACCCUCCAACUCAGUGGUGCGUAACAGACGGCCGCAAAUGAUGCGACCCACAGGCUCCCAUAGCAGCUACCUGGUGCUUACCAAUCAAACCCUGGAGCUGGAGUGCAUUGUUCAGGGCCUACCCUCUCCCAAAAUCCAGUGGAUCAGGAAAGAUGGGGUCCUGUCUGAGAAACGUACUUCCAAAGAAAGUUUUGAUCGAGUUCUUCUUCUCAAGAACAUUGUUGAGUCUGACAGCGGAGAGUAUCAGUGUACCGCCACCAACCCGCAAGGCAUUGCCACUCACACCUACAGCAUCACUGUGGAAGCUGCCCCAUUUUGGGUUAAGAAACCAAAGAGUCAGCUGUAUGCACCUCGAGAGACAGUCAACCUGGAGUGUAAAGCUGAUGGCAUUCCCAGCCCAGUAGUCACAUGGAGCAUCAAUGGAAUUCCUCUUUCUGAUACUGAUCCUGACCCCAGGCGCACUUUGAAGGAUGGCACACUAACUCUAAGUAAUGUGGAUCUGAGUGACACUGCUGUGUAUCAGUGCAAAGCUGCCAAUAAGCACGGAACAAUCCUCAUCAAUGCCUACGUCUAUGUUAUAGAACUACCUCCACAGAUCCUGACAGAAGAUGGUCUGAUGUACUCUGUGGCAGAAGGACAGAAGAUUGAGCUGGCUUGUGAGACCUUUGGCUCUCCUCUGCCCAGUGUCACAUGGGAGGGGGAGUCCUGGGGCGAUCUGUUCACCAACCCCAGGAUGAGUCUGUUAUCUGAUGGCUUUCUACAGAUCAAUAAUGCUUCCCUCAAUGACAGCGGCCAGUAUACCUGCACUGUGAAAAAUGACAAAAUCACCAUCACAGCCGAGUUGGAUGUACUCAAUAAAACCGUCAUUGUGAAGCCUCCAAAAAAUCUGAGAAUCCAGCGAGGGAAACCAGCAACCCUCACUUGUGAGUACCAGGUGGACGCCAGACAGGACGCUCCUCAGGUCCAGUGGAGGAAGAACAACCAGAAGCUCUUAGAGUCCUUCGACUCAGACAAGUACGUGAUAGAUGAGUCCACCCUCAUAAUUCCCGAGGUGGAGGAAGAGGAUGCAGGGAUUUAUUCCUGUGAGGUCAUUACCACUCUGGAUGUGGCUGAAGCGACUGGCUCCAUUACUAUUGUUGACCGACCUGAUCCUCCAACCCAAGUGCUGAUGAUCGAACCGAAAGAUCGCAGUGUUACGCUCAGCUGGACACCUGGAGAGGAUCACAACAGCCCUGUGUUAGAGUAUUUAAUUGAGUUUGAGGAGGUUGGAUCUGAAAAAAGUGAAUGGGAGGAACUGCUCCGUGUGUCUGGCGGCAAGCGGCGAGCUGUUCUUCCUCUAAAACCCUUCAUUUCCUAUCGUUUUCGGGUCAUUGCCAUCAACGAGGUCGGCAAGAGCGACCCCAGCAUGCGUACUGAUGCCUAUCACACGCAAGCGGCUCCUCCAGACAUCAACCCUGAAGGUGUACGCAGCGACUCCAUCGAACCAGACACCCUUGUCAUCACAUGGAAAGAGAUUGACAGACGAAGUUUCAAUGGCCCAGGUUUUCGCUAUAACGUAAUGUGGAGAAAGGUUUUGGGUGCCGGUCCCACCUUUCACCAGAACUUCACCACCUCACCACCCUUUAUUGUCACAGAUGUUGGCGACUUUGCUGCUUUUGAUAUUAAAGUAGGAGCUUUGAAUGACAUGGGAGCUGCUCCAGAGCCCAAAUCUGUCCUUGGCUACUCUGGAGAGGACUAUCCUACUGAAGCUCCUCUGAAUGUGGCUGUGGAGCUAGAGAACAGCACUGCCAUUGAAGUGAGAUGGGCAGCCGUGAAUAAAGAUAGUGUGAGGGGUCUUCUGCAGGGGUACAAGAUCUAUCUCAUGCACUACGGCCCUGAAAGCAGACAUCUCCGACGAGAGCGUGUCAGGGAGGGCAAGCCAACCAAUAUCUCGAUCGUGACAACAACAAAUACCAAAGAGGUUUUGGGAGAUCUGCAGCCGUACUCUCAUUAUGCCCUGAGUGUCAGUGUCUUUAACAAUAAAGGAGAAGGACCACAGUCUGAACCCCUUGUUUUCCACACACCGGAGGGAGUACCCGGUCCUCCAUCAUCUCUGCUCUUGGAUAGCCCAUCAGAAACAGAAAUGACACUGCAUUGGACUCCGCCCACCCAGCCAAACGGAGUCCUGCUUGGAUACGUAUUACAGUAUCAACAAAUCGGUAAAGACAGUCCUAUGCAGGUGGAAAAUAUUGAUGGACACAGUACGUCUCACUUCACCUUGAAAAAGCUUGACCCUCACAGUCGGUACCGGUUCCUCCUGAGGGGACGCACUGCUCCUGGACAAGGCCUGCCAAUCAUCAGGGAAGGAGCCACCACACUGGAUGGAGGUCCCCCUUCCAACAUUAGCUUAUCGAUUGGAGAGACAUCAGUCAACUUGACCUGGUUGACAAAAGAAAGGCAGAGGAACGUGGGCUUCCUUAUUCAUUACCUGAAAAAGGAUGGCAAAGGCAAAUGGAAGUCCUCUGAAAAAGUAAACACCUCUCAGGCUUUCUACACGCUGCAGGGCCUCCAACCCGGAUCCCAGUAUCGCCUGCGCUUCGACUUUAGCAACAAAACUUUCAUGGAGACUGAGAUCGUGACGACAGGAGCAAGAGUCAUGGAGGCGCAGGCUGCUUUUGUCACCGAGGGCUGGUUCAUUGGACUCAUCAGCGCCCUUGUGCUGUUGCUUCUGAUACUGCUUAUUCUUUGUUUUAUAAAACGGAACAAGGGUGGAAAAUACUCAGUUAAAGAAAAAGAGGAGGGCCAAAUAGAUUCAGAAGUUCGGCCGAUGAAUAAUGAGGCCUUUGGAGAAUACAGAUCACUGGAGAGCGACAACGAGGAAAAGCAGACAGCCAGUCAGCCGUCCCUGUGCGAUGACAGUAAGCUGUGUACCGACGACUACGGCAACAGCGUGCAGACCGAGGUCAUCAUGGACGAGUCGCUGGCCAGUCAGAGCAGCGGAGUCCGAGACGGUCCGGAGACUCUAGAAAGUUCCCCUUUAAAUCCUGCCACAUCUCUUUCCCACCACGGCGUGCCCAACUCUGCCGCCUUCCUCGACUAACCGGGCGAGCCCAAGACCAAACGUGGGUCACACAUGUGCCCACUUGUUGCAACCCAAACACGAUCGAAUCAACAGCCCAAAAUUGAGACACAGAUGCCAAGAAAACAUACCAGAUGCACUGCUGGGACAUAAUUGGACCAACACAGCCAGGAGGAAGCAUUUGUCAUAAAACACAUAUAUGGACUGCCAUGCUCGUUGUUUACAGAUAUGAUCAUUCAUUUUAUGAUAUAAAAUAGGCUGUAGCCAUUUAAAAUUAUAUAAACAAGACCGUGAAACUUCCAGAAAGGACAUCCAUCAAAUGUCAAGCGGAUGCCAAAUCAAACAUGAUGUAAGCGGAUAAGAAGUGUCGUGGAAGAAGUGUAAGGGCCUUAAAUUUGUCACUAAGUGUGUAACAAUAUAGAUGACAAGCUGAAAAUUCGUUGUGCGUCUACCGUUUUACUUUUUUUUAGCUUGUAUCAUGUUUCAUAAAUAUUUUAUUUUUUUUAAUUUAUAAAUUUGUGUUUUAUCUAUACACAAUUUGUCAGACUGUCGUGAUUCAAUAGAAGAUACAUAUUUGCAUCCCCUCAGUUACUAUUAUACAGAGAUCCAUAGUGUAAAUAUAUGAGAUGCAAUGACUUAUAGCAAACUGUACAUAUACGCAUCUAUCAAUUUAGCCAAAUACAGUAUUAUAUUAUCUCUCUUCUCCAUCGGUUCCUGUGCCUGCCUACAAAAACUCCAUCAUCACCUCUAAGCAUUUUGGAUGACCUUUCUUGUCUAUGUCUGUAAUUUGUUUUUUCGCAGUGUAUUAAACUAUUGACAGACUCUCCUGCGGUCCUGUUGGUGUAAAGCCAUAAGAAUACACACAUAUAUGAUGUGUAGUAAAUUCUGAGGUAGUCUCGAGUAAGAUAGGAUUGUAAGAGAGCACAUCACACACACACAUUCAUACAUACAUCCAUUUAAUUUGGUUGCGUAAAAUGCAAUCAUGUAUGUUCUGGAGUGUGUCUCAUACACAGAGAAUGUACUGUAUGCUUUUUUUGGGUGGAAGUUAUGAUUCCAUGCCAGUAUACCAAAUAGCAUUGUUUCCUUUUUCGUCUUUCCUUUUAAUUUGAUAAACAAAUAUAUAGGAAUCAACGGCGCAUCUCGUAUUUCCAAGAAGGGGCACAGGGAAAAAUCCUUAUUUUCCAGAUGAAUGUAAAUAUGGCCCGAAAGAUUGUUUGUUAUAAUGUCUUGUUAGGUUUUAGUUUUUGUAACAGCUCAUUUGUUUCAAUUUUGUAACUUUUUUUAAACUUUAGAGUAACUUGUUAGUCGUGAUAUGGGCGUGGUUAGAUGAGUAGUGCAUAGUUUUAACAUGACAAAAAAGUGCUUUGAUAAAUGAAUGUUGCAGAAAAUUUUAAAAACUGAUUGGAACAAAAACACAAAAAUAAACCAUGUCUGCUUUCGAUGAAUUGAGACUACCGGCAAAAUAAGAAUCUGCUUUUACAGUAGUUUCCCGCGUGCUGAGGAAUGGCAGUAUUGUGUGUAUUUAAAUAAAAACUUUCACUGCAGGUGCAGUGCAAAAUACAGUAAUAUCAUUUGCAGGUUUUACACAAAACACACUUCCAGGGAGCAAUAGAAACAUGCUGACUGUCAUGCAGAGAUGCAAGUUUUUAUUUAGAUCUGUUUAGAUCUAAAUAGCCUCCCUCACUAAAACUGUAUAGACGCUCAGGACAAAAAGUCUCGAUUUAUUUUCUUACAGGAGAGGGAAAAUAUAUUCAACUCAAUAUUCAACUGAACUGCUGCUAGACUCGUGUAUUUUGUCGGUUUCUUGACUGUGUAUUGAGAUUGGAAAUUCACUGUACCGCCCUCACCUGCAAGAAAACCGAGGGCCCCGUUUGGUUCGAAGCUCGAUUAGUGAACAAACAUUGUUAUUUCUGUUGUUAAAUGUAUCAUCUUAAACUGAUUUCAUCUACUGUAGGCUUGACCCAUAAAUAAGCUUGACCUUAUAGUCUCUUAAUACUCUUGUAUGUUCUGUUUGUUACUGCAUCUGAUGUGAAAAUAAAUGAAGGAACGGAUGUUUAAUGUGGGACUGUCGUAUUGGUUGACCACAUUCUCCUGCCGUGUUUGUCUGUACUACGACGGUGAAAUGGACUGAAGGGGUCAGUAAGGGUGGGCUGCGCUAACUUAAUAUGAAGUGAAUUAUGCUAUUGUAUCUGCAACACCAAUCAGCAAGUGUACGUAAAUACUUCUUAAAUAAAAUCAAUGGAAUCAUC